AGUAAUUCCCAUAGUGGGACUUUCCAGACCCCUAGCACCGUCCAGAACGGAAAUAGCAAAGCCAAUUUUGACAUUCCGAGCCCCAAAUUGCUUCUUGAUAUUGAGACCUGGUUCAGCUUGGAUGCACCCUGGGUUCAUUCAAUAAAUGUCUCUGUAUUCAACUGGUGGUACUUUGAUGUCGUGUCAAAGACCAACUCUGGCGACUCGCUCGUCAUCACCCUCUCUACCUCGUCUUUCGCUGCAUUCCCAUUUUUGCAAGCGAUUGAGACUUCGGUGACCACUGCAUAUUUAUGGGCAUCUUUUGCAAACGGCACUGUAUUUGCCGACUCAUUUCGGCGACUUUCGCAACUGUUGCUGGGACAGACAGUGCUGGUGCUAAUAGCUCUGGGGAUAUCAUAUAAUACCUUGGGGGAGGCAAGAGUUGCUAAUGGAUUGUAUGACAGCGAGCACCACCUCAUCUCCUCUGUGGCAUUCACGCAGAAAAGACGAAACUCGAGGUUGCACCGCACCUAG